AUGGGCAUGCCAAAUAAAGAAAAUCAGACUUGGUAAAAAACCCCGGAACACUAGGCACUCUCCUCACCUCACUCCUCACUACUUUCCCGCUCUAUCCAUAUAUAAACCCCCCUCCUUCCUCUCCUGCAUGCCUCAACAACCUAUCUCCAAGAAACCACCUCCUCUCACCCCACCCCAAUCCCAAUAUCCAAAUCCUUCGCCACGAACCAAUCCAACCCAAUCCGAUCAGUCCCCACGCAAUUCCCCGUCUGAGUUUUUGUUUCGCCGAUCGAGAAUACAAGGUUCGAUCAGAGCCCGGCUGAUUCGUCGGAGUUGGAGAUGAAGCUCGACAGGGAGAUGGAGAUGCUGCUCAACGAGAUCCCCCUCCUCCACCACGGCGGCCUCCUAGGCGGCGGCGAGGUUGCAGGCGACGAAGCAGAGGACCUCUCCUACCGCAUCCACGAACUCGCCGCGAUGGGCGUCGUCGACGGCGAUGACGAGGCGCCGGAGCCGGUCGUCGCCGACGGCCUCGGUUUCUCGGGACUGAUUUACCCCAAGAAACGCGAGAAUCUUGUGGCCUCGUACCCGUUCUCCAUGGCCAACCACUGCGCAUACAUGCCGUCUCUGUUUGAUUUUGAUCCCUUCCCCUUCGAUGCGGCCACCGGCGCCGACGGCUGGGACCUCUGGUGCUCGCCGGUGCCGGCGCCAGCGGCCACUCCGAGGGCCAGGUGCAAUAACGCGAGGAGGAAGAACGGCAGUUGCGCGACGAUGACGAGCCCCAAGAAGUGCGCGUCGGCGGCCAAGCCGCACGGCGAGAGCCUUGCUGGCCUGCGCGGGUUCAUGUACCACGUCGCCCGUGACCAGCACGGGUGCCGGUUCCUGCAGCAGCGGCUCGACGACGGCAAGCGCGAGGUCGACCUCAUCUUCGCCGGCGUCGCGCGCCACGCCGCGAAGCUGAUGGUGGACCCGUUCGGGAACUACCUCAUGCAGAAGCUGCUCGCCGUCUGCGACGCCGGGCAGAGGAUGGCCCUCGUGCUCACCCUCACCAGCGGCCCCUUCGUCCUCGUCAGGAUAUCCCUGAAUGUCCAUGGGACAAGGGCAGUGCAGAAGCUGAUUGAGAGCCUCAGGACAAGGGAGGAGAUCCGGCUCGUCGUCGAGGCGCUGCGCCCUGGGUUCUUGGAGCUCAUCAAGGAUCCCAAUGGCAAUCAUGUCGUGCAAAAGUGCUUGCAGUCAUUCGAGGCCGAUGAUAAUAAGCCGAUCUUUGAUGCUGCUGCUGUUCAUUGUCUCGAUAUCGGGAUGCAAUGCCACGGUUGCUGCGUUCUGCAGCGGUGCAUUGCACGUUCUCGUGGUGAGCACAGGGAGAAGCUGGUUGCUGCCAUCGCUUGCAAUGGAUUUGAACUUGCGCAAGAUGCAUAUGGGAACUAUGUUGUCCAGUAUGUAAUAGACCUGAAGAUUCCAAAUGCAAAUUCAAGUCUUGCCCAACAGUUUGAAGGAAAGUAUAUCCACCUGUCCAUGCAGAAGUUUAGUAGCAAUGUGGUUGAGAAAUGCCUGAAAGUCUUCAAGGAGGUUGACAAGGCGAAGAUCAUACUUGAACUCCUCGCCAUGUCGCACUUGGAGCAGUUGCUUCAACACCCCUAUGCAAACUAUGUUAUCUACUCUGCUCUCCAGAAUUCCAAGGGUUCACUCCAUUCUGCGCUGAUGAACGCGAUCCGACCUCAUGUUGAACUACUUAGGACAAGCCCAUACUGCAAGAGGAUCUUCUCUCGAGCUUUACUGAAGAAGUGAUUAACUGAUGACAGUUUUUCAGCUUGUAACAAGAAAGAUUGUUGUCUUGUGCUGUUUUUUUGUUUGUUUCAAACGGCAUAAAAAUGAUCACAACACUUAGAUCUGUAUGAAAUAGUAUUCUUUGGUCCUGUACUUCUACCUGUACCUGUAUCUGAUGAACUGCUUGUGCCUGGUUUUGCAUAAACCAUCUGGGAUGGAAUAAGUUCAAUGGAACAAGUCAUUGCCAUAAACUAUCUCA